CUCCUCCAGGAAGAACUCCACCAUCUCCUCAGAUACAUCCCGGUAAAGCACAGGAGCAAUCUCUCCAGACUUGAAGAGCGCAAACCUCCAGCCUUCGGCUAGGACCGCUGUUCUGCGCCAGUGCGCACGCGCGGAUUCAGCCCGUGGAGGCUAGCGGGCCAGGACCACAACUCCCAGAGUGCUCCGCGCGCUCGCCACCGCUGCCGCAGCCGCCGCCGCCGCCGCCGCCGCCGCCGUUCCGAGACCAAGAUGGCCGGGAGAAUCGCCGCCUUUCUCAGGAAUGUCUGGGCCAAGGAGCCGGUGCUAGUGGCAUCCUUCACCAUUGGGGGUCUCGCUAUAAUCCUGCCUGCACUCAGCCCCUACGCCAAGUACUCCAUCAUGAUCAACGAGGCCACACCCUACAACUACCCAGUGCCCCUCCGAGACGAUGGGAACAUGCCUGAUGUGCCCAGCCACCCCCAGGACCCCCAGGGCCCAAGCUUGGAGUGGCUGAAGAAACUGUGAGCUCCUCCAUGGACAGGGAGAGGCCCCCUCCCUGACGGCCCCCAAUAAAAAUGUGAAAACCA